UUUGUGACUGACACCAACUCACAUCGAGGGAGGAGGAGGAGGAGGAGGAGGGGAAGGCAGGAAGAAAGAGCGCGGAGGGGGGCCGGCAGGAGCGCGAGUGAGCCGCCACGGAUUUUCCUCCGCGCGCAAAGAGAGAGGAGAACGAGAGGCUCCCCGGCUCAUCCGAACAGCUUUUCCAGAAUGGCAGAAAUGGCUUUGAUUGAGAGGUUGGAGAAUGCUGUGGUUAGACUUGAAUCUCUGCUAUCAGAUUCACACAGGCUUGCUGGGAUGGAAUGUGGAACUGUCAAUGGCGUCAAUGGAGAUGUAGCACCGUACGUCGAAGCCUUUGAUAGGAUCAUAAAGGGGAGUGUAGCUGAGUUUCUAAGAAAUAGCAAGAUCCUUGAUGGUGAUGUGAAGACACAUGCAGAAAUGAUCCGCGCAGCUUUCCAAGCACAGAGAGCAUAUCUACUGUUGGCAUCGCAGUAUCAAGAACCUCAGGAGAGUGAAGUGACCAUUCUUUUAAAACCAAUAUCAGACAAGAUCCAGGAAAUUCAGAUGUUCAGGGAGAGAAAUCGAGGAAGUAAAAUGUUUAAUCAUCUGUCAGCAGUCAGUGAAAGCAUUCCAGCUCUUGGGUGGAUAACUGUGUCUCCUAAGCCAGGGCCUUACGUCAAGGAGAUGAAUGAUGCUGCUACCUUUUAUACAAACAGGGUAUUAAAAGACUACAAGCAUAGUGAUUUGCGCCAUGUUGAUUGGGUGAAGUCAUUCUUGAAUAUCUGGACAGAACUCCAGGCAUACAUCAAAGAAUAUCACACCACUGGGCUUGCAUGGAGUAAAACUGGUCCAAUCGCAUCAGCAGCAUCUGGGCUGUCUACUCUAGCAAGCAACCAAGGUCCUCCUCCACCUCCACCUCCUCCUCCACCACCAGGACCUCCUCCUGUCUUUGACACAGAAAAUGCAAAAGAUGAUGCAACUGCAACCCGCUCAGCCUUAUUUGCCCAGCUGAACCAGGGAGAAACUAUUACCAAAGGGCUUCGCCAUGUCUCUGAUGACCUGAAGACUCAUAAGAAUCCCAGUCUUCGGGCUCAGGGGACACCGAUUCGAUCUCCUACGAAAAGCCAUGCACCAAAUCUGACUACUCCCAAGCCUCCCCAGCAGAGCCACUGUCCUGUGUUGGAACUUGAAGGAAAGAAAUGGAGAGUGGAAUACCAAGAAGACAGGAAUGACCUUUUAAUUUCUGACACUGAACUCAAGCAAGUAGCUUACAUUUUCAAGUGCAACAAAUCUACAUUACAGAUGAAAGGAAAAAUUAAUUCCAUUACAGUUGACAAUUGCAAAAAGUUUGGCCUUGUGUUUGACAACGUUGUGGGUAUUGUUGAAGUGAUCAAUUCCAAGGAUAUUCAGAUACAGGUAAUAGGGAAAGUGCCAACUAUUUCAAUUAACAAGACUGAAGGCUGUCAUAUAUACCUCAGUGAGGAAUCAUUAGAUUGUGAGAUUGUGAGUGCUAAGUCAUCUGAAAUGAACAUCCUUAUCCCAAAGGAUGGUGAUUAUAAAGAAUUUCCUGUUCCUGAACAGUUCAAGACAUCGUGGGAUGGAUCCAAGUUGGUCACUGAUCCUACAGAGAUUGUGGGUUAACUUCCUAGGGCUGGACAGAAACCACUGACCACAAUCUCCAAAGAAAUUCAUCUUAAAACAGCAGCAUGAAGAAGUAGCACUGGUUUGUAAUGAGUGAUAAGCCUUCCAGCAGCUACUUUGUGUUCUGGAAACCAUACGCUGUAUGUAUUACAUAGUAUUUUUCCUCCACUGAGACUAUCUCUGUGGAGGAAAAAAAGUAUACUGAUGUACACAACUAUGUUUGAGGAAGGCAUGAACGUUCAUUUUGCCAUGACACACUUUGAAACCACUGCACAGCCCCUGUUCACUUUUUGUAGGCAUCCUGAUAUUCUCAACAUGUCCACAAUUUGACUUUGUUCGCAAAUAGGUCAUACACAAUGUCAUGUGAAUGUAUAAAUAUUUUUUAAAUUAACUAUUCAGGUUACUGGCUAUUUCACUGCAUACAGGAAGCCAAAUGUCUGCAUGAUACACUUUUGGCAUGUUUCAGUGCAUUCCUUUUUUAAUGUUUUGACAGGUUAAAAAAACCCGUAGUAGGUUAAGAUGUUCAUUUUAGAUUUCAGUUCAUUCAUGUAUCACCUAAUAAACCUGGAGCCCAAAAUGUCUGUAGUUCUUAUAUGUCUUUGUGCUUCUGAAAGUUGAAAAGGUAGAACUCUCAGCAAUACAGCUGCUAAUG